CCGAGGGUCGGGCGGCGCGGAGGGGCCGCAGGCGAGGGGCGGCCUGGGCGCCGAGCCGGAGGGAUAGGGCUGGGGCGGAGGCGCCCGGGGCCGCGUCCAGCUGCGCGCAGCUGCCCGGAGGCCGCGCUCCGGCCCCUCGGAGACGGAGAGUCCCGGGGCCGCGCUCCGGGCUUCGCCUCGCCCCGUGCGGCCCCCAGGGCGUCGGGAUCCGCGGCCGCCGUGCGGGUCGUGGGGGCCGGUAGGCGGCCUGGCACGGCGACGCCGCGGUUCCCUUUGGCCGCCCUGGUCCCGAGGGGCCCUGGGCACCCUCGUGCGGGAGGACCGGCCGGGCCUCCCCACCCCGCCCUACGCACUGGCGGGUCCCCGAAGUCGCCUGCCGCUCGCUUGAGGCUCUUGGGUUACAUAUAGGACACCGCUCGGAGCUCUGGAAGUCUUUUCACACCCUGACCUGCCCGGGACUGGUAGGACAGGUUGCCAUCUUCAGAAUGAUUCCCUGCAGAGCAGCGCUGUCUUUUGCACGAUGUCUGAUCCGGAGAAAAAUCGUCACUCUGGACAGUCUAGAAGAUACCAAACUGUGCCGCUGCUUAUCCACCAUGGACCUCAUUGCCCUGGGCGUUGGAAGCACUCUGGGUGCCGGGGUUUAUGUCCUCGCUGGCGAGGUUGCCAAAGCGGAUUCUGGCCCCAGCAUCGUGGUCUCCUUCCUCAUCGCUGCGCUGGCUUCCGUGAUGGCAGGCCUAUGCUAUGCUGAAUUUGGGGCCCGAGUUCCCAAGACUGGGUCUGCCUAUUUGUACACUUACGUUACUGUCGGAGAACUGUGGGCCUUCAUCACUGGCUGGAAUCUCAUUUUAUCUUAUGUGAUAGGAACGUCAAGUGUUGCAAGGGCUUGGAGUGGCACCUUUGAUGAACUUCUUAGCAAACAGAUUGGUCAGUUUUUCAGGACAUACUUCAAAAUGAAUUAUACUGGCCUUGCAGAGUAUCCUGACUUUUUUGCUGUGUGCCUUAUAUUACUUCUAGCAGGUCUUUUAUCUUUUGGAGUAAAAGAGUCUGCUUGGGUGAAUAAAGUCUUCACAGCCAUUAAUAUCCUGGUCCUUCUCUUUGUUAUGGUCGCUGGGUUUGUGAAAGGAAACGUGGCAAACUGGAAGAUUAGUGAAGAGUUUCUCAAAAAUAUAUCUGCAAGUGCCAGGGAGCCACCUUCUGAAAAUGGAACAAGUAUCUAUGGGGCUGGUGGCUUUAUGCCUUAUGGCUUUGCAGGAACUUUGGCUGGGGCUGCAACCUGCUUUUAUGCCUUUGUGGGAUUUGACUGCAUUGCAACAACUGGUGAGGAAGUCCGGAAUCCUCAGAAAGCUAUUCCUAUUGGAAUUGUGACUUCUCUGCUCGUUUGCUUUAUGGCCUAUUUUGGGGUCUCAGCAGCUUUAACACUGAUGAUGCCAUACUACCUCCUCGAUGAGAAAAGCCCCCUUCCUGUAGCAUUUGAGUAUGUUGGAUGGGGUCCAGCCAAAUAUGUCGUUGCAGCAGGCUCCCUCUGUGCUUUGUCAACAAGUCUUCUUGGAUCCAUUUUCCCAAUGCCUCGUGUAAUCUAUGCUAUGGCGGAGGAUGGGUUGCUUUUCAAAUGUCUAGCUCAAAUCAAUUCCAAAACGAAGACACCAAUAAUUGCUACUUUAUCAUCGGGUGCGGUGGCAGCUGUGAUGGCAUUCCUUUUUGACCUGAAGGCCCUCGUGGACAUGAUGUCCAUCGGCACCCUUCUGGCCUACUCUCUGGUCGCAGCCUGCGUUCUUAUCCUCAGGUACCAGCCUGGCUUAUCUUACGAGCAACCCAAAUAUUGUCCUGAGAAAGAAGCUCUGGGAUCGUGUGCCAACACUGCCUCCAAAAGCGCGUCCCAGGUCACUGCGCUGCCAGGACAGGGCUUCAGCCUGCAAACCCUCGUCAGCCCCUCGCUUCUGCCCACAAAACAGUCGGCUUCUCUCGUGAGCUUUCUGGUAGGAUUCCUCGCAUUUCUCAUUUUGGGCCUGAGUAUUUUGACCACGCACGGAGUCCACACGAUUGCCAGGCUGGAAGCGUGGAGCCUCGCUCUUCUUGUGCUGUUGCUUGUUCUCUGCGUUGCCAUUGUGCUCAUCAUUUGGAGGCAGCCUCAGAAUCAGCAAAAAGUAGCCUUUAUGGUUCCAUUCUUACCAUUUUUGCCAGCCUUCAGCAUCCUGGUGAACAUUUACUUGAUGGUCCAGUUGAGUGCAGACACCUGGAUCAGAUUUAGCAUUUGGAUGGCGCUUGGUUUCCUGAUUUACUUCGCUUAUGGCAUUAGACACAGCCUGGAGGGUAAUUCGAGGGAUGACGAUGACGAUGAAGAUAUUUAUUCAGACAACAUAAAGGCAGCGACAGAAGAAAAAUCUGCCAUUCAAGCAAAUGACCAUCACCAAAGAAACCUGAGUUUACCUUUCAUAUUCCAUGAAAAGACAAGUGAAUGCUAGUACCUGCACGAGCAGAGCUGGUCCACAGUCUUCACGUACAUAUCCUACAUGGAGUGAACCAUGACGGAUGUCAUCGUCAUGCUAGGUUGUCAUCGGUUUGCUGCAGACACAGUUCACCCUAAUUUAUACUUACUCGCCUGGACAGCGCCUCCUGAGAUGGUGAAUUAUACAUCCAGGGAAAACACCCUGAGCUCGCUCCUCAUGAUGAAUGUCCCCCAAAUAGUGGGAUUGUGGGAGUGUGUGUGUGUACGUUUGUAUAUGUUGGGGAAUAUCAAUGUUAAAAGUUGUUGGUGUUUUACUAUUAUUGUAUUGCAUUUUUCCAGUGUUGUCAUUAAUCGGUAGCAUAUACUGCACAUACUGAAAUGGAGAUAAUCAUGGAAUAGAAAAAUAUUUUGUAUGUGCUGGGUGUGGUUGGGGAAAUAGCUGUUGCUUUUCCUUAUUAGGCUUUAUUAAUGUCAAGUUAGAACAUGCUAAAAAUGCAUUUACCCAUCACAGUGUCUGUCAUUGGUCUGGAGUAAGAGGAGGGGAUAGGAAAUGAGCCUUUUCUACAACUUACAAAUGCCAGCAGUGGCUUUAGUACAGAUUUUUCUUCCGUGAGGUGUGACAGUUUGCUAAAACCUUGGCCAAUAGGAGUGUUCAUGUCUGCCGGGCUGCGCAGGGCAGGAGUGGCCCUCUGUGUCAUCAGAUGUCGGGCACCCCUUUGAACUGCUGUCUUCUUUGAGAACAGUGGUCCUUAAAUGUGAGGCCUUCACCUUCUGUGAAUGAUAUAUUCCCCCCUGCCCUGUCCCAGUCCAGUCAGAGGCUUGGGAGAGGUAGUGUGAUCUACUUGGGACCCUUUGUGCUAGAGAGUGAGCGCGGUCCCCAUGGGUAGGAAGCUCAUGUAAGUGGCAAAGAUGAGGAUAUGUUUGAAGAUCAGAGUAGACAUGUGCUUGGACAAGUAGACCCCAAGCACCCCUGUUUUAAAAGUCAGUUAAAAUAAGCCAGUAGAAUCUCCCAGAUCACACAACUGAUGGAAUGAUUCAUACUUUUUUCCAUUACUUAAUAAACAAUCACAGUUCAACUUUUUUUUCUAACUCAGUAGCAAAUUCUCUUUCUACUAUAUGCAAAAAAGAAGGAAAAAAUGAAGGGAUACAAGGAAAGAAAAUUCCCCUAUUCUGAUUUUAAAGUGCCUAUUCAGUUAUUAAAGGGCAUUUGACCCAGUUUUAGGGGUUCAGAUCUAAUUUGCCUCUGAUGUUUCUUUUGGAAACAGGGAUGUUUUUCUUCCCCCAUCCCAUAAAUUGUUUAGCACUUUUUAUUUCAUUUAUUUUUAAAUGACCACACUAAACCUAUUGAUACAAGCUCUAGUAUUCUACAAAAACCCAUCAGUGGUCGGGGAAUAGAAUAUUUUGGUAAAAUACAUGAUCGUUUAAAACGUCAAGCUGAAAAAUUAACCAAAUUGAAUUAAAGCCAUAGAAACACAAUAACCUUUGUAUGAGUAAAUAAUUUGUUUUUAAAUGUAAGAUUCUCUAAUUACUGUAUUUUACUUUAUAGGGUUCUCUAAUAGUGGACUACUUAUCUGCAGUGUGUUUUGCUUCUCAUGAAUUAUUUUUCUUACAAAUAAUUCUAUGGUUCACUAGAUGAGACUGAGUCUAAACACUUACAUAUGCAUGGGUUAUAUUUCCAGGAAGAACAUUAUCAAGCCCAGGUGACCAGCUUACUCCAAAGGCAAGGAAAACAUUUAUUUUCUGACAGCUUUUCCAAGAGAUGUCACUUUAUUUUUUUCAUUAAAAAGCAAGUUAUGAUUGUUGAGGAGUUUAUUGUGAUUAAAUAUCCAAUAAACAGGUAGAAGGCCUGGGUUUCUGGCUGCUAGUGUUGUAGCAUCUCUGACAUAGAACUCAGUACUAACAUUCCACAAUUUCCAGGGUGCACACGGUAAAAUCUGAAGCCCAGAAUUCUUUUAAGCUGCAUGUUUUACUGGAGAGGAAGAGUUGGCUAUACAAGGGGUAAAGUAUUUCUGUAAGCACUGUGGGCCUAAUCAUAAGUCCUUGCUGUUAUUUGCCGUAUACUGAGAAGCCCUUUUUUUCUGAAAUCAUUCUAGAACAGGCCCUUCACACAGGGAACAUGAAGAAUUUCAUAUGUGAAUAUUAAAACUUUUACUGUAACAAUAUCAAGAAAUUUGUUUAGAACAUGACAGGCAGCUAAAACUAUUAUGCCCACUGUGUUCAAUUAGGAGCAGAAUUUAGUUAAAAAUUAUUUUUCUACCUUGAAACACUUUACAAAUACAAAUAUCUAUGAAAAGAUGCUUUGUCAGUGACUAUGCUUUUUUUCUGUGAAAAGUCAAAUGUAUGUUCGUAUGUAUGUGUGAGUGUGUACAUAUACACGUAUAUAUAUGUGUGUGUAUAUUUCAAACGUCAGUGUAGAAGUCAGCUGGGUUUAGGAUGGGGUUUGGAAAUAAUACUGUUGUCUAGAUUUUAAAAACCCAACUGAUGGAGAAAAAAUAAUGUUUUAUAUUGAUAGGUAUGCUUAUGCAAAAUUUUUAGGUUUUAAACUAUUUUGAAAUAUAUAGCGAUUUUAUAUGUGUAAUAUUUUCUAUAGAUAGAUUCUUUAAGAAAGAUAUAUUUAUAAUGUUUCUAAUAUGAAAUCACUGAAGUCUGGUACAUUAUACCAGGAGCUUUAUAAUCUGAAAUGGAGUUGGGGGCGGGGGCAUUAGGGGAUUUCUGUUUUUGCUUCUGCUGCACCUUUUCUGACAUUGCUGUCUUGGUUUGUGCUUAUUAGGAAAAGCCAGUACUACCAGGUCUUUUAUCACCUCUCUGUCCCUACAUUUGAAUUUAUAACCUUUUGAACAAAAUUUUGUUUUUACUUUCCUAGGAUUGCCAAAAUGUUCUGUACAGGUUUUACUAGUAAUCAGUCACACUUAUAUAAAGUCCUUUUCAGAAAUUAAAAAAUACAUAUACAUUCUCUUAAUUGUGACUGAGUAAAAACAGCUUGAAUUACCUUUCUUUUUUGCACUAGGAAAUAUGCUCUCUGAACAUUCUCAAUGAAAAACUUUAAUAAUAGCACCUUUAUUUUAUACUCUUAAAAAAGAAAGAUGAUUUGUGAAUAACAUACAAAGGCCAUGCCUACCCUACAUUUAACUAGGUAGCUAUGCAAAUCCAAGUUUAAAAAGUAUUUAUGAGAAAAUUUAGAACUUUUGAUGUAUACUGAAACAGAGUACUGCUUAAUCACAUUUUCCCCAGAGAUGAAUAUCAAGAAAAGACCAAAACGUCAUUUGAGGUAUUAUAUACAUUAAUGAAAAACUAAUGAUGAUAUCUAUAAAACUUUACUGUCAUCAACCACACUUGGUAGAAAAUAUGUUUCAGAACUACCUUCCUUUAAAAGACAAGGGCCUGUCUUCUUCAAAUUUUUCUGAAUAAAAGAUUUUUAAACUUCUUUUAUUUUAAAUAUUAGCCAAAAUAUCUUCUAAGUCCUGGGUAUUUACAGGUAGACGUUAAAAUCUUUUGAACUAGAAUUUGUAUUUACCAAACUAUUUUCGAAACAUAUUUGAAUGCAGGGAGAAUAAGGAAAAGUAAUCGCCCGCCAAUGCUGGUAGUGCCAGAGGGAGCAGGUUAGUCUUAGCUUUUUUUCCUCUUAGAUCAGCACAUUCUGAGAUUAUAAACCACAUGAUAAAAUUGUGCCAAGAUUCCAACUCUGACUUACGUGUGAUGUUGCUUCUGAUGUUCUCUGUCUGGGUUUCUCCUGAUGUGCUUCAAGCGACAGUACAAUUCAAACUAAAAACACAAUGUCCACAGAAUUUUAAAGGAUUGGGUUUAGAGUGUGCAUCAUGGAAUAUUAAUAUUCACACGAUUAGUGUGACUUUCUUGGGGGGUUGUGAUUAACUGGGUUUUUUGGUUUGUUUUUGGUUUUUGACUAGUGCCAAAAUAGUGCCUUCUCUAUAUUUUCUACCUACGUUUUCUAACUUGUCCUAAAAUAUCAAGGGAAAAAGUACCAAAGUUCAUGUAGGAACUAAUGCCGUCACAGGUCAUUUUUCAGACAUGUAGAUGUGAAAAUAAGGUUGCUUGACUUUGUUGUUUAGCUGAGUUUUUUUUUUUAUCUCCUUGUAUAUCAUAUUUAAACAUUUUUUAAUGGCUUUCUGGUUUCUGAAUUUUGAGAGGCCUGAUCUGUUAUUGUUGUGGUUGUUGGUUUAGUGGUUGGUUUUCAUAACAUUCAUUAUUGUUCAUAUGUACACAGUUUAGUCAUGUUCAUUUCAAAUGCAUUUUGUUAUGGCUCAGCCCAAUGGCAACCCUGUUUGCUGGGAGCACUAUCUUCGCUUUUAUUCAUCACGGCUGAAGCCACUGCCAUAAUCUCUGGCCUUAAAGAGCCUUCACUGACCACUGACAGCAGCUCCACGGGGUUCAUAACCAAGACCCUGGGUCAGGCAGACUGCAAAGUAUGAGCGUCUAUAGCUACCCCGUUGGUGGGGGCUUGUGAUGACAGGGUAGGAUAUGAAGUGAAAGACUUCACAUGAAACUAAGGUAGUUUGGGGUCCUUAAUUUCAGCCCCAAAUAGCCCAUGAGUACAAGGUAAAUGAUAAGGACCAAGGAACCUCUAUGACUCAUGGAAAGGAUGGCUGCUUCCUGGAACUGCACCACUGCAGUUUCUGCACCAGCACUAAGAGCCUUGGGCAGGAAAGUGCGUGGGCCUCGGCUCAGUUGGUAAAGAACCUUGUGUUGCCAACAGGACAGGUUUCUCUGGCCCGUGCCUGGUUAACAGGCUCUUCAUCUUUGGUGCCCGAUUGUUUCAUUACUUUAUUUUGUUUUCAUUGUACUUAAUAGAAGCUGUUGAUAGGGCCUAAAACCCUGCAGAAAUUCUAUGUCUGUAAAAACCAACAGAUACAUUGGUCUUAUGCGAAUAUAGAGUUUUUUUGUGUAGUAGGUAACUUUAAAUUUAAAUGUCCUUAAUGAUAAUCAGUGUUCCUUAUUACUUAUAAAGUUGGAUUAUUUUUAGAAUUUGUAAUGAAUAAAAACCGCUGCUGCUUUACCACUGUAAAAUAUGCUUUCUAACAUGACCAUGUAUUUUUAAAAUAAAUUUUAAUACGACUUAUAA